AAUGUAAAAUACGUUUUCUACUCAUACUGCGAUUUAAAGUAUCUUUUGGAUUAUAUGGUUCUUUGUUAUUUUUACUAAAUUUUUGUUUUUCCAACCUAGAUUGCUGGUGAAUGAGAUCUUUCCGCGAGUAUCUGGGAGUAGGAGUUGUUGCAUUGACAUCGUUUUUUUGAGUCUGUGAGACAGUCCGUUUGUCUGUGAGUUUAGAUUCCGUUGUUGGUAUCUGCGUUCUCAGCAAUUCAAUUUCUUUUCGCAUCUUGUCCAUUUCUGAUUGUAGCUUUUUUAUGAGAUUAUCUUUUUCGGAUUCGACUGUGAUAUUGAGGCGCUGUUGAACUUUGCUGGCAUAGGUUUCUUUACCCCACGUGCUGUUGAUUUCCGUGCGUGCUUCAUGGAACGUGAUGCCCUUGUUCACUUUAAGGCGAAUCACUGCCUCUUCCUUCCGGAAAACAGGACAGUCGCGACUAAUCGGUGAGUGAUCCCCCUUGCAGUGUUUACAAAACGACGCUUUCUCGCAUUGCUUGUCUUUUUCCAUGGUAUGGUCUUCCGAGCAGGUUAGACAAAUGGCCGGGCUGGUACAUCGCUUAAGGGUGUGACCAUAAGCUGCACAGUUUCGGCAAAUCAUAGGGGAGGGAUAAUAGGGCCUUGUUUUAAUCCGAAGUAAACCGAAGUUGACAUAUUCUGGAAGAACUGUGCUUCGAAAAGACAAUACAAGAGUUGGAGUAUUUUUAAACUUAUUUUGGUUUUUUUCAUCGCGUUUUUUAAUUCGGCGGACUGCAGCUAUUCCUUGAACACUUAGUUCUUCAAGGAGUUCUUCUUCUUCCAUAUCAAUCGUGUCGUAAUCAACUAUCACACCUUGUGUUAUGCUCAGUAUAGGAUGUGGUACCACUUCAACAGGGGUCUUAUCAAUCAAAGUGUUCAUGUUCAUCAGUUUUUCGGCUAUUUCAGGAGAGUAUGUGCGGAGGGUAUACAUGGCACCUCGAGCUUCUUUGAUCGCUCGCACAUGCCUCGCGUUCGAGUAACCAAUAGCUGUUUUGACGGAAUUCCCUAUCAAGAAAGGGUUCUGUGGGAGUGAAGGGCGGUUCCCUUUUCGUUGCACGUCAUCACUAUCAUAGCCAUCUUCGUUAAAUCUCAUUCGGAGCUGGAGAACACGGAGCACUCCAUCGUUUUGAGGACUUCUGCAAUAUGACGGGAGUCUGCUAGUAUCGAGGUCUGGAGGGUCAUCAUUACUACCAAUUCCUAUACCCGCCAUGACGGGUUUUUUAGUUAGACUACACCACUCUUAGUAGAUUUGUUUGCAGCGGUACGCUUCAGAAUCAAAGAUGGACACUAAAGAACUGGCAACUUAGGCCAGUUGACCUUGAAGUUGUAUCACCGCGUGUUUUUCUGUAGCUGAUCAGUGCCACAAAAGAAAAUGAUUCACGACUUUAGCCAAACUUCCACUUAUUUAAGUCGGUUUUUCGAAUAACUUAACAUUCCCAACGAAGGGAUGACUUUUUCUGGAAAUAAUAAUCUCUUAACAGAGAUUAGUACACUUGAAAACCACCAAAAAAAACUAAGCCAAAGAUAGACACAACCGAUAUCGAGCAGUACUCGAUAAGAACUGACCGUUCUUUAUGAAAAUCAUUAAACGUUCAUCCUUUAUCCUUCAACGCAUUCCCGAAUUAUUGAAUGUCAGAUUUUAGUUUUACCAGACGCAAUCAAAGUUUACAUUUAGCUGAUUAAAAUUUAAAAAAAAAAAUAUAAUCAUUUAAAAAAAAGAAUAACAAUAUUUGUUUUGCCUUCAAUCAUCAAUUUGUUCGGUGCAUGAUCCUGCAAAAAAAAACGGGAGAUAGGUACCUAAUUGCAUAUUCCAGGGAAAUCGAUCAGAAGCAUGACAGUGAAGAAUUAGUUAGGCAGUUCAGAAUGGUUUAUACGGCUAAAAAAUGGAUCUACGCCCGAGCUUUCGAGGGUGAACCCAGCGUCGAUAACUUUCGGCUGGAGGAGGAAACGAUGCCUGAGAUCAAGGAUGGAGAGUUCCUAGCAAAGGCGGAAUUUCUCAGCGUGGACCCGUACAUGCGUAUUUAUGUUCUGUCCUACCCGAUCGGCUCGGUCAUGAUCGGAGGUCAGAUUGCCCAGGUUUUGGAGAGCAAAAAUUCCGACUUUCCAGUUGGAGCUUACGUCUUCGGCCAGUUCGGUUGGAGAACCUAUUCCAUCUGUAAUCCGGUUGGUAUCGAAACCCGGAAGCCUUACGUAUUGCCAGAUUUUGGAGGCCUUCCGAGGUCGUUGGGUAUUGGGUCUUGCGGCACGGUUGGCAAUUCAGCUUACUUUGGCUUUCUGGAAAUUUGUCAGCCGGUGGCUGGCGAAACGGUAGUCGUUAGUGGAGCUGCAGGCGCCGUUGGUAACCUCGUGGGACAAAUUGCCAAAAUAAAGGGCUGUCGAGUAAUCGGGCUGGCCGGCAGCGACGAAAAAUGUGAAUGGUUGCGCGAGAUUGGUUUUGAUUGGGCUAUCAACUAUAAGACCGCAAAUGUGGAGAAGGAAUUGCGUGAGGCUGCACCAAAUGGAAUUGAUUGCUAUUUUGACAAUGUUGGUGGACAAAUUUCGGCUACAAUCAAAUCCCAAAUGAAAGAACGCGGCCGAAUUGCCGUAUGUGGAUCGAUUUCGAUGUACAAUGGGAAACCGGAAAAAGUUCAAGAUCCUCAGAUAGAGUUUGUCUGGAAGCAGUUAGUUCAGGAAGGUUUCAGCGUGCAUCGUUGGACGGAUCGUUGGUUCGAAGGAAUCGAACAAAACUUAAAAUGGAUCCAGGAAGGAAAAAUUAAAUAUCGGGAAACCAUAACGCAUGGGUUUGAGAACAUGCCGAAAGCAUUCAUAUCGAUGAUGAAUGGUGGAAAUAUCGGAAAAGCCAUUGUUCAAGUCUAAUAAUGAUAAAUGGGAAUCAACCCAAAUUUUGUUUGAAUAAAUCUUGUACAAAACCUAAGUAACAUAGUAAUACUGAUGUAAUUUGUAAUUAAUUCACUUAUCGCUGGGACUUUGGGAUGUUCAAAAAAAAUUCCCAUUGUUCGAGAACUUCACGAUCUGGAUUUAAGUAUCAUUUAUUGUUCAAAUUGGAAAUAAAUAAAAGCUUUCAGCUCUA